GAAGAAGGUGCAUUCUUGGAGCCGCUGGUGCCGAGAGAAGCGGGACCGGUAAAGAUGAUUCAGGCGAUUCUGGUUUUCAACAACCAUGGGAAACCGCGGCUGGUCCGCUUCUACCAGCGUUUUCCAGAAGAAAUUCAACAGCAGAUUGUUCGAGAGACUUUCCAUCUGGUCCUCAAGCGAGAUGACAACAUCUGUAACUUCUUAGAAGGUGGAAGUUUGAUUGGUGGCUCUGACUACAAACUGAUUUACCGGCACUAUGCCACCCUCUACUUUGUGUUUUGUGUGGAUUCAUCAGAGAGUGAACUUGGGAUCUUGGACCUCAUCCAGGUUUUUGUGGAGACACUGGAUAAGUGUUUUGAAAACGUAUGUGAGUUGGAUUUGAUCUUCCACAUGGAUAAGGUUCACUACAUCCUGCAGGAGGUGGUGAUGGGUGGAAUGGUGUUGGAGACAAACAUGAAUGAAAUUGUGGCUCAAAUCGAAGCUCAAAACCGGCUGGAGAAGUCGGAGGGCGGCCUCUCCGCAGCCCCUGCAAGGGCCGUGUCCGCUGUGAAGAACAUCAACCUCCCUGAGAUCCCCAGGAACAUCAACAUCGGUGACCUCAACAUCAAAGUCCCCAACCUGUCCCAGUUUGUGUGAAGGAGGGGGACUGGGCUGAACUGGAGUUCGAAGGAUGAGCAAAGCAGUCAAGUCCAGAGGCAGAACCCCGUUGAGCCUUUAGAGUCGCACCUUGGGGCCCUGCACCUUUCCCAGAGUGGGAAUGGAGUUGGGUGCACACUGCCUGGCCAUCCUGCAGCUCCUGACACACGGCUGUGAUAGACAUCAGGGCACUAAGCCACUGCUCCUUUGCCUUCCCCACACAGCUGCCCUCAGGGCCAGGGACUGUGAACAUGCCACCUGCUUCCCAGGGCCCCACCACUGGGACUGAACACAUCUGACUUCCUCUCUAGCACCAAGGGCUUCUGAGAUCCUAUAUCACUUACUGGGGAAGAGACCUGGGAGAAGGGCUUGCCUUUGAGCUGUCAGGCCUGGUAAGUGGCAGGUUAAGGCAGGGUGUACACCACCUCUGCUAGGGCCUCUAUACCCUCUGUAUGGUCAAGCAUUGUGGUCCGCAGUUGCUGCAGAGCAGUUUCCUUACUAGUAUAUUCCUAGUCUUGUCGUCAGAGGCAUCUGUGUGCCGGAUGGUUUAAGUCACACUCUGUGUGCGUGUCACUACCACCCCACCCCCCCACACACACAGAGUUGGGUGCGACCCCCCGAACCCUCUCCCAGAGGAGAAACCAAUGUCUGUAGAAUGUGACGACUGAAUCCUUCCUAGGUUAUGACUCUUCCCAAGUUUAAAAUACACUGUUCUCUUGGAAGCAGAAGGUUCAGUGCUGUGUUGUGAAUGAAGAAGUCCCCACAUACACACACUUGCUCAGAACCCACUAACCAGUCUCAGAUUCUAGAGCCGGAAGCCUGAACUGGGUGCUAUGUGGGCUGAGCUUGCAGCAUGCUAGCUGUAGUGCUGUGUGCUUCCCAGCUUUAGUCCUGCAGUGAACACACUGGGCUCCCUUGGUUGACAUUCUAUAGCUCUGGAACCCUGCAAAGUUAGCAUGUGCUGGUGUGGAGGCUGAUGCACCGCCAUGGGGAACUGCCCCGCGCAGGCCCCCCUCCCUCCCUCCCGAUAGUGCAUUUCCAUGGCUUGUGAUGCUGAUGUCCUAGGAAACCGUGUGUCUUACCCAGUGUGUCUCAGUCCCCAGCAGGGCUUCCUGCACUGAUGACGCUGAUGCAGCGUCCUCUCCUCACCUUUCAGUCCUCUGUCAGAGCUGCAGUGAUGGUGGGCACUUGGCUAGAGGACAGACCUGAGAUCAAUCCUACUGCAGUCUCUGGAAGCAUCUCGUUGCUAUUUUAUGUUAUUUUAUUGCCAUUUGCAUACAUUCAUAUCCUUUUACAGUGGCUGAAAUCAAGCAUUUGCUCUAGGGGGACAUGAAGAGUCCUUUAAUAGUCCUUACUAGAGACAUUUUUUUAAGAUUUAUUUUAUUUCUGGGGUGUGUUUGUCUGUCUGUCUGUCUGAUGGUAUGCUCUGAGGCCAGAGGAGAGUAUACAUGCCCUCUGAGGCUAGAGAAGGGUACGGAAUUCUUUGGACCUCAAAUUAACAGGAGGUUGAGAAGCCUAAAAUUGUGGUGCUGGGAACCAGACUCAGGUCCUCUGCAAGAGCAGCAGUGCUCUGAACUGGAGCCACCUCUCUGGCCCCACCCAUGGACAUUUUACUGCCAGGUUAAGCAGACUUUUGUCACCCAGGGCUAAGGUUGGAAAUGUGCCUGCCUGGCUCCAAAGCUCUUUUUUUUUUUUUUUUCCUUACUCUUCAAGAUAGUCUCUCCCAGUUUUACAACCCUCUCUUUUAUAGAUGACAGACAGGGAAACUGAGACUUUAGGGGAUUAAGCAAUUCUCACAAACUAAUAAAGAGAGGCUUAGUUCUCUAAGGUAGACAGAUGAGAGCUGGAGGAUCCUGUGUCCCUUCAGUUAAUUGCCUGAGAUGGAGCCACCCAGAGGGCUGUCAGGCUGAGGGUCAAAAGGGCCACAGUGCUGCUCUAAAGUGCGCGCUUGCUGUUGGCCUAAGUUGGAAGCACUUGGCUUCCCAGGUAGUUUAGAUUUCAGGUGUUUGCUUGCUAGAAACUACUUGACCCAAAACUGGGGCCUGGUACUGUAGACUGCAAAAGGAAGCAUCACACAACGGCUUGCACCAUGUCCCCUGACAUGGGCUUAGAAAACUCAAUUCCUCUAGUCAAGCCAGAGGGAUUAAUUCAUUGCUAAUGACUUGCAUCUAGUUUGUCUGCUAUUAAGAAAGCCAUUGUCUGAGAUUCUCUCCCCUCUCCCCUCUCCCCUCUCCCCUCUCCCUCUCUCAAAAAUGCUGAGAUUACAAGUGCCCUGUGCACUUUGCUGUGACAGAGGAAGUCCUUGGUCCUUCUGGAGAGGAGUGUUCCUUUUGCUCUUGAGACAUCAGUGAUGCAACCAGGGGCUGGGGUUGUGUUUGCCUUGGGAUCCUGGACCUGGAUGGUUACACGGAGGCUUGCCUGGGUGUUCUUGCUGCCACUAGUUAACAGCUGGAACACCCCCCCCCCCCCCCCCCCCGUCUUCUGUGUAACUACUCUUGGGUCUAAACUAAGAGAGAGGCUGUCUUUGCUCCACUGUCUCUGACCAUCCCUGACAGUGCUCUGUAGUGACAAUUCUGGAACUUUGAUUUUUUUUUUAAAGAAAGAAAUAAGAAUA